AUGUUCAAAUGGGCUGUGAUCAGUAAUUGCCUUCAAGAGCACGCCAGCUCAGCAUGCUGGUUGCGGGAGCAUCAGCAGCCCCAACAGAACACGGUGGAGGGGGCCGCAGAGAAGCUGGGCAGGAAGCACCUCAACAAGCUUCACCAGGCUGGCAUGUUGAUGGAGACCGAUCACGAAGACGAGGACCGGGGAGACCCCUCCCCGCUGCUGAAGGCUGCAAAGCGGAUAUGGAUGCGCAAGCGCAGCAAAUGGAAGAAGUCUGGCACCCAGUUGAAAGUUGCUGCACUGCUGGUGGAGAUGGAUUUCCCUAACGAGCUGGAGUACCCCACCACGGAUUAA